UUAUCCCCCCUCUCCAUCGUUAGUUUUUACAACAAGACAUAAACAAGGACAUGUCAACGCUUGCUCUAUGUUCUCAGACUGGAUACAAGUGUCAUCCUGCACACAUCAUUAAAAACUAUUAUUGUUAACAGGAUUUCUGAACCUGCGCAGGUCAUAAACUUUUUUCUAGUUUGUCUUGUUGACGGUAUAAACGGUGGACACUCCUGUCGGUUUGUCUCGGUUUCCAGACAUGUUCUCCACGGUGAUCUCCAACAGCUGUGCACUCUAUGGGGACUAUGGCAACUAUGGACCUCCCCCAUACCCCAGGAAGAACAUCAGACCCAGAGCUUCACUUCGACACAACCCAUAUAACCCAUACAGGCCAUACCUGAGGAGGGUGGACACAAGAGUAUCUUUAGCCAAUCCCAAUAAAAUCUCCAGGACCACCAGUAGGGGUCAGUAUGUCACCAUGCCUGUUCACCAUCCAAAGCUGCAUCCACUGCCAGUCAGUCAGAGGAUCAUCCAAUCACAGCACAAAGCAAGACAGACCAGGAGUGCUGAGAGGUUCUCCAGUUAUGAUACAAGCUCCUGGAUUGGGAAAGGCUCUAGUAAACCUAAUAGAGGGAAGAAAACACAGAACAAGGCCACAUCUUCUUCUUCCAAGAGUACAGGAGACAUAAGACACAAGAGUUCCAGUUCUAAUGGUCGCCAGCACCAUCGCUACUUCACCAAGGAUGGCAUGUGUCGUGGCUCAUCAUACAGUUCCAAGAACAAGAUGUGUGACCUGAUCGGCACCCUGGUGGAUCUGAAGUACAGCUGGAUCCUAUUUGUCUUCACCCUGUGCUACACCGUCACCUGGGCAGCCUUCGCAGAGCUCUACUUCCUGGGUGCUUGGCUGCGUGGUGAUAUGGAACACAUACAAGACCCGCAAUGGCAGCCAUGCUUUGAGAAACUGGACAGUUUCCAUUCGGCCCUCUCUAUCUCCAUGGACAGCCAAGUCAUCAACGGCUACGGCUCUAGAGUGGUCUCAGCCAAAUGCAUGGACGGGCUGGUUCUCAUGAUGGCACAGUCCAUCAUUGAAUCAGUGUUAGACACCCUGAUGCUGGGCUGCAUCCUGGCCAAGCUAGCCAGGCCUAAGAGGAGGCUGCCCACUCUGUUAUUCAGUCAGCACUGUGUGGUCUCUGAGAGGGAUGAGAGGCUGUGCCUGAUGUUCAACGUCAAGACUCUGAAAGAAACACACAUGCUGGUGGCAGAGAUAAGAGCCAAGCUGAUCAAAUCUCACCAUACCAAAGAAGGAGAGUUCAUCCUGUUGGAGCAGAGAGAGCUGACUCUGGGGAUGGGGCCAGAUGGAGCCAGGUUGUUCACAGUGGAGCCCCAGACCGUGGAGCAUGUCAUUGAUGAACAAAGUCCUCUCUGGGGCAUCAGCGCUGACUCUUUAGAGUGGGAUACCUUUGAAAUUGUGGUCAUGGUGGACGGAGCCGUUCAAGACGCAGGCACAGCCUUCCACGUGAGGACCUCCUACACAGAAGAUGAGAUUUUUUGGGGACAGCGCUUUAAGUCACACAAGCCACUAGAAAAGAGGGGGAUUGGUUCCAAUCACAAUACCUCUGAUAAGAACUAUAAGGUCCAGACUGCCACACACAGUGACAGAGAGAUGGCAGUGAGACAAAGACAUGAGAGAUCUCCUGGACACGACACAGACUCUGUCCCCUCCAACAUGCCUACAAGGAAAAUACAUUACCAGUAUUUAUCUGAUCAAAUGUUACUGUGCAACUCAGUCACUAAUAACAUUGGCACAGGAACUAGGAAACUUAGUAAGAAUGAGUUCUUUAUAUAAAUAUUGACAUUUGACAUGUUGGCAUAGAAGUGUUAAUCAAAGUUUAUGAAAUCAAGCCACACUGUACAUAUCAAUCAGAAGGUUUAUACAAUGUAAAUAAACAAAUGCUGAUUACCAAUAUCUAAAGGUGCCAUUUAUACAUCUAAUUGAUCAAACUUUCUGAAUACUAAUUUGUAAACGUGAGAACAGCACUUGUGUGAGUUACAAUUAUGCUGAUUGUAUUAGUUCUUAUUGGUCUCCUUACAGUAUGCGAGAAAUAACAAAAGGUAUCUCACUGCCCAUACAUCAAGCUCUCCCAAUUAAGAUUUAAAUGAUGAGUGUCAUUUAAUGAUGCUGCCAUGUGCUGUGUCGAUUUGAUAAACGAUUUGAUGAAUGUCAGUAUUACUGUCUAUUCACCAGUAAAGGAGAUAUCAAAUUCACAUACCAUCAUAGGCUCUUGCCAAAGUUGAUAUUUAUGUAAAUUUACAGUAUGUGUUACAAUUCCCUUUAAUCAAUCCAUUGUGUUUUUGGAUGUAAACCCACACUCAUUCCCAGUCUGCAUGUCAACACACAGUAUUAGUCUGCCACAUUCAGACAGACAGACAGACAGACAGACAGACAGACAGACAGACAG